AUGGGAGCUUAUUUCUCAAACUCUGAAGCCGAAAGGAGUCUGAAAGUAUUGAAUGCAACAUGUGGUCCAGUUCGGGGGAAUAUCUAUCAACAUGUAAGGGAACAUACGGACUUUUUUCUGAUUAUAGGAAAUCAAACUGUUGAUGGCUAUCUCGGCAUCCCAUUUGCUAAGGCUCCAAUCGGUUCGUGCAGAUACAAAAAACCAGUGGCAGCAGAUAAAUGGACGGAGACACUCGACUGCUACAGUUAUGGACCCGGAUGCCCUCAAUCUGGAUUUUAUCCGUGUUAG